GAGCCGGAGGCCCGAGCCAAGAUGGCGGCGGCGAAACCAACCCUCACCGACUCGCUCUCGUUCUGCCUCGCGCAGCUCACAGCGGCCGCCGGGGAGGGUCCGAGUCGGGGCAAGGACUCCACUACCAACGAGACGCCCCUGGGCCGCGCGCUCCUAGCUCUUCGCACGCGCCACAUCAAGGCAGCCGGGGGAAUCGAGCGCUUCCGGACGCGCGGCGGGCUCCGCCCACUUCUUGCGCUGCUACGGCGAGCGGCGGCAGCGGACCACGCCCUGUCCCCGGCAGAACCCGGCUCCGCCCCUUCGCCGACGGCGGCCGACGUUCCUGCCGGUCCCGCCCCUUCCUCUGACCCCGCCCACUCCGCUACGUCCUCGUCGACGCCCUCGCCGCCAGUGCGCCUGCGCAAGACUCUGGAUUUGGCGCUCAGCAUCCUAGCCAACUGCUGCACGGAAGGGGCGUGCCGAGCUGAAGUGCGCAGGCUCGGAGGCAUUCUCCCUUUGGUGACCAUUCUUCAGUGCGUGAAGACAGACAGCAUCCAGAAUCGAACCGCUCGUGCCCUGGGGAACUUAGCCAUGGAACCGGAGAGCUGCGGGGACAUCCACUCUGCUGGUGCUGUUCCCUUACUCGUUGAGAGUCUGACAGCCUGCCAGGACUCACAGUGCCUGCAGAGUGUGGUGCGUGCCCUCCGCAACCUGGCAGACUCACCCCAGCACCGCCUGGCCCUGGCACAGCAAGGAGCCAUCCGCCCACUGGCUGAACUCCUGGCUGCCGCUCCAGAUCCUGCCCUGACCUGGGGCCUGGUCCGUGCCCUCCUGGAACUCAGCCGAGGUUGUUCUCGGGCCUGUGCUGAGCAGCUCAGUCUGGGUGGGGGACUGAGUCCCCUUGUCAGCCUGGCUUCUCAUCCCAAACGGGCAAUACGUGAGGCAGCCAUCCUGAUCCUCGCCAAUCUGUGUGCCCAGGGCCUGGUACGGCCUGCUUUGGGCAAUGCCGGUGGUGUAGAGGUGUUACUUGGUGAACUCCGGCGGCGCCGGAGCCCUGCUGGGGCCAGCCCAGCUUCCCAGCAGCCUUUGGUGCGGGCUGUAUGUCUCCUGUGUCGGGAAGCCAUCAACCGAGCCCGGCUGCGGGAUGCUGGUGGUUUAGAGCUGCUGAUGGGGCUGCUGCGGGACCCUCGUGCCAGUGCCUGGCAUCCACGCGUUGUGGCUGCCCUUGUGGGCUUCCUUUAUGACACUGGGGCCCUAGGCAGGCUGCAGGCUCUGGGACUUGUACCUCUUCUGGCUGGACAGCUGUGUGGUGAGGGUGGAGAUGAGGAAGAAGAAGGGAGAGAAGCUGCUUCCUGGGACUUUCCUGAGGAACGGACCCCUGAGCCCGCAGAGGCCGGAAGCUUCCGCAGCCUCAGGUCCUGGUUGAUUUCUGAGGGCUACACCUCGGGGUCCGGUGACAUCUCUCCUGACUGGUCUCCAGAGCACUGUACACUGUCGGAGGCCCGGGAGUCCCUCAGUCCCACCCCUAGCCCAGCCUCAAACUCAGCGUGCACGCCCCGCACCCUGCGUACACCACGCACCCUGCGCACGCCGGGCCGCAGCCCUGUGGCCGCAGCCGAGGAGCCUUGGGGCCGAGAGGGGCCAGCACUGCUGCUGCUGUCACGCUUCUCCCAGGCUCCAGACCCGAGUGGAGCACUAGUGACUGGGCCGGCAUUAUGUGGCCUACUGGCUUACGUGACAGGUGCACCGGGCCCACCGAGCCCGCGUGCACUGCGCAUCCUGGCUCGUCUGACCUGCAACCCGGCCUGCUUGGAGGCCUUUGUGCGCAGCUAUGGUGCGGCGCUGCUGCGUGCCUGGCUUGUGCUGGGUGUGGCACCAGAUGACUGGCCUUCUCCCCGUUCCCGGAAUGUGCGCCGAAGCCAGCACCGAGAACUAGGUGAGAUGCUGCUGCAGAACCUGACCGUACAGGCCGAGUCGCCCUUCGGGGUCGGCGCCCUUACCCACUUGUUGCUGUCUGGGAGCCCCGAGGACCGAGUCGCCUGUGCACUGACUCUGCCCUUCAUCUGUCGGAAACCUGCUCUGUGGCGCCGGCUCCUUCUGGACCAGGGGGGCCUCCGCCUCCUACUCAUGGCCCUCACUCGGCCAGCCCCGCACCCGCUUUUCCUCUUCUUUGCUGCAGACUCCCUCUCCUGCCUGCAAGGCCUGGUGUCUCCCGUGAUGAGCCCCAUCUCGAGCCCCGUCUCUCCCCCUACAGUCGCCUUGGACCCGGAUCCGUCCUCCCCUUGCCACUAUAAGCCUCUGUUGGGCCCAGCCCCCGACCCGGGCCCUGACCUGCAUUUCCUCCUGGACUCCGGCCUGCGGCUCCCUGCUCAGCGCGCUGCCUCAUCCGCAGCCUCCCCUUUCUUCCGAGCCCUGCUAUCUGGCAGUUUUGCCGAAGCCCAGAUGGACCUGGUGCCGCUGCGAGGCCUGUCUCCUGGUGCAGCCUGGCCUGUCCUGCAUCAUUUGCAUGGCUGCCGGGGCUGUGGGGCCGCCAUGGGGCCCGUGCCCCCGCCUGGCCAGCCUCUGUUGGGCUCAGAGGCUGAGGAGGCCCUUGAGGCUGCUGGCCGUUUCCUGCUGCCUGGGCUGGAGUUGGAGCUGGAAGAGGCGGUUGGCCGCAUCCAUCUAGGUCCCCAGAGUGACCCAGAGUCAGUGGGUGAGGUGUUCCGCCUGGGCCGACCCCGGCUGGCAGCCCACUGUGUGCGCUGGACCCUGGGGCCAGGGCAGUGUCCCAGGAAACGUGGCCUGGCCCUUGUGGGGCUGGUGGAGGCGGUGGGUGAAGAGGCUGGGCCUCUAACUGAGGCUUUGCUGGCUGUGGUGAUGGGGACUGAGUCAGGGGGCAAUGGUCCCACCCUCGAUUGUCAGUGUUCCCCGGAAGAGGGCCCCAGGACAGGCUGGGUAUGAACCCAUUCAGAAGCCGCUCGGCUCGGAUGUCACCUUCAAGGAAUGAAAAGAGACAGAACUGGAUCCCAGGGUGAUGGUCUGAAGACUUACUACUGCAAUGUCAAGGCCAGGGUCUGGGCAUGGGGCAGUGGAGAGGAACAGCCCCAGGCUCCGGGUUCCUGGCCUAGCCCAGCUCUGUGGAAUUGAAAUUAAAACCUUUGGAGUUG